GCGUGUGCGGCGGCGGUGGCGGCGGGGCCCGUGCGGGACGAGCGGGCGGCCGCGGCUGCGGUGACGACGGAGGCGGCGCAGGUGCGGGCGGCGGGGGCGGAGGCGCAGGCGGAGACGGGCGAGAGGGCGCAGUGCGUGGGCGAAGAGCGCAAGGCGAAGAGCGGCUCCUCGGUGGACACCACCGCCCGCCUGGCCGCCCUGCGCGCCGAGAUGCGCCGCCGAGGCAUACAGAGCGAGUACGUGGCGGAGCACGACAAGCGGCGCGAGUUCCUCAGCGGCUUCAGCGGCAGCGCCGGCGACGCCGUCGUCACGCUGGACGCCGCCGCGCUCUGGACCGACAGCCGCUACUACCUGCAGGCCGAGCGCCAGCUCGACUGCAACUGGCUGCUCAUGCGCAGCGGGCUCCCGGGGGUUCCUGGAUUAUUGCCAUGGAUUUCAGCCAAUUUACCAUCAGGCUCUAAUGUUUCUACUGAUCCAAAAGUAGUCCCUUAUUCAACGUGGAAUACAUGGAACACUACUUUAGCUUCAUCUGGCAUAAAUAUGGUUCUGCUUGAAGAGAAUUUAGUUGACCCAAUCUGGGAAGAAAAUGGUCGACCACCAUAUCCUGAUGUGCCACUAUCAGUACUUGACAUCAAAUUUGCAGGGGAGUCGUGGGAGUCGAAGCUGGAGCGCCUGCGCGCCGAGCUGCGCGCCAAGGGCGCCGACGCGACGGUGGUGACAGCCCUCGACGAGAUCGCGUGGGCGCUCAACCUGCGCGGCGGCGACGUGCCCUUCACGCCGGUCUUCCGCGCCUACCUCGUCGUCACGCUGGACCGGGCCGCCCUGUACCUGCCCGAGGAGAAGAUCCCGCAGGCCGAGGCCCACCUCAAUGCCAGCACGCAGGUCGUCAAGAUAAAGACUUACAAUUCAAUUUGGGAAGACCUGCCUGAAAUUGGGAAGUCUGCAAAGAAAGUGCUUUUGCCUUCUCAAUACAGUUAUGCGUUAGGAGUCAGUAUGCUCGUCUACAGUGCGUUAUCUGCCAAAGAGGUAAUAUUUGGCACAUCGCCGUUGCUGCUAAUGAAAGACAGGAAAAAUAAAGUAGAAGCAGACGGUAUGAGGUGGGCCCAUGUGAAAGAUGCUAUUGCUCUGUGUCAGUUGCUCUAUGAAUUGGAGAAAGGGAUAGCAGCAGGUGAAUACUGGGAUGAACUCAAAGUGGAAGACAGACUUGCUAAGCUCCGCAGCCUGCAAAAGGACAAUGAAGGGCCAAGUUUUGAAACAAUUGCUGCCUUUGCUGACAAUGCUGCCUUACCUCACUACACAGUUACAUUAGAAACUAACAAAGUCAUUGACAAUUCCAGUGUCUUUAUGUUGGACUCAGGGGGCCAGUACUUGGAUGGUACCACGGAUGUGACAAGGACAAUUCAUUUGGGCACUCCUUCACCAAAGCAGAAAGAAGUGUACACUAAUAUACUUAGAGGAUGCAUUGAUAUUGUCUCUACCACGUUUCCUGAAGGCCAGACAUUAAAUACUUUGGAAAUCCUUAUCCGAGCACCUUUGUACAGCAUGGGUUUGAAUUAUGGGCAUGGCAGUACUCACGGUAUAGGCUCUUUUCUGGGAGUUCAUGAAGCAUUUGAUACAACUUAUCAUGCUUACUUCUUUGGAUCUCAAGAACCUGGUUAUUACCAAGACAGUGAAUUUGGAAUGAGAUUGGAAAACAUUGUCACAGUUGUUCCAACUAAUAUGUCGUUUGAAGGUAAAAACUUUCUGAAAUUCGAAGCGGUUACGCUAGUUCCGUAUGACAGAAAUUUGAUUGACAUCAAUGUACUUAGUGACAAAGAGCUGGUGUGGCUUAAUGACUAUCAUACACGAAUUCGAUCAGAAGUAGGAAAAGAAAUGCUAGAGCAAGGCCUCACUGAUGUCUACCAGUGGCUUCUCAACCAAACAGCCCCUCUAUCAAAAUGAAUUCCUAAUUUCAACUAAAUUUCUACAUACAGCUCUUUCUUGACUUGAUGUAUUGAGAAAACAAACACAGAAAACAAAAUUCAAAUGAAAAAAAAAGGAGGGGGAGAACAAAUAAAGAUAUGUUUAACAUUUCUACUUGAUGGACUUUUAUUUUCCAUCUGUGGUUCAAAGAAAAUCAUACCUUCUGCACUGAAAUCCACGAGAAAAAACAAAAAGGAGAUAAAAACAAUCCUCUGCCAAAUUUACACUCCUGCCCUCAUUGGUGGUGAUACAAGUAUUACACCAUCACCUCUGACAAACAGCAUGGGAAUGUUCCGUUUUGUAGUUUUAUAGACUUCUUCAUAAGUUUCUUCAUCUAUUUCUACAGUUGUAACUGUUUCCUCAGCCUCUCCAAGAACCAUGUUCAAGUGUUGAUCAUAGGCCUGAUACAAAAUUUACAAAAACCAAGUCAACAAUAAUAUUAGCAGAUUAAUUAAUCAGAAUGAAAAGAUAAAUUUGUCAGAAUGAAAGGACAAGGAAAAUGGUGAAUACCAAAACACCAUAUUAUAAAAUCUUAAAAGGUAAAAUGUCUUUUGCAUUUCGGUACUUUUCUUGCCCCCUUAAAAGGAGAGACCAAAAGCAAACAACACAUCUGUGAAAACUUUUAAAGACUGUCACCAUUGAAGUUUACUGGCAUACACAAACCUGGAGAAUAUUACUCAAAUGAUAUCAAAUCCACUAAUGACCAGUGGCUAAUUUACAUAAUCAAAACAAUUAUAUUUAAAUAAACUAUUAUAUUUAAAGAAAUUUUUAAACUACAUAUUACGUAAAAUCACUGGAAGACCAGCUAAGUGAAAGGUCUAUCAAUAAUUGUAAUAUUUCUAGCCAGAAAAAGAAGUAUUACUCUCACAAAACUCAAUGAAAUUUCCUUUAAUUUCAAUCAAAGGAAUAGAAAAACUAUUCUGAAGAGAACUAAAUAAAGAUAACAGAGGAUAUUAUGUAAAUUCAAUUCCUUCCUUUAAUAAAUUAAAGAGAUUUCUUCUUAUUCAUAUUUUAAGCUUUGUACAGACAAAAAAGCAUUCAAAGGUUGGAUCAAUUAUAUCAAUUUUAUGAAUCUUCACUGAUCAUAAAAAAUCUGUGUAGUAAUAUUUCACUUUCCUUCUUAAUUUUUUUGCUUUUCUUUCAUAUUUUCUGUUUUCUGUAUAUAACGGUUUCUGAUCUUCAAUCAGAAACAGAAUGAUUUUGAAAACUUGAUAUAAUCUACAUUUCUUCAAAUAUUUACACAUGAUAAAAUUUGACAGACAUAAAUUCAAAAUUUGUAAUUAGACGCAUUACUUUCAAAGCCAAAAUUAAAGGCUUUAUAAGAUCUUAUUGUAACCUUUAUGUAAGAACAUUCUACACUGCAAUAUUUGGUAUUAUUUGUUAAUAAGACACACAAAAUACAAGUCUAGAAAAUCAUUUACCAUAAUUUUAAAUGAACAUUUCUAGUGUCAUAUUUACAUGUAUGUAAAAGUAUGUGUAGAAAAGGAAAAAAUAAGAAAGAAAAAUAUCAUCCCUGUCAAUAAACUAUAUUUCUCUGACCUGUGUAUUAGCAACUGAAGAGCCUUCAAAAUAACACAAUAUUGCUGGUACAAUUAUUACUGGUUUCAUUACAGAAAUACUAUCCCUCACCUGAUGAAAUAUGCAUAAUUUAAAUACAAAUGCU